AUGAAACGUCAAGGUCGUUUCCUCGAUCAAAAUUUCCAGCAACGAGAAGCAAGCUCUUCUGGUUCAAACAAGAACAAUAAUAAUAAUGCACGUGGUGAAGAAGAUCAAUGGUUAUUACCACCUAACAAGGUGGUAGAUAUCAUGCGACAGGUUCUACCAUCACAUGCACAAAUCUCUGAGGAUGCAUUAGAAGCAAUGCAAGAUUGUGUGUGUGAGUUUGUGACACGUGUGACUGUUGAGGCCAACAAGAAGUGCAGAUCUGAGGGGAGAAAAACUCUUAGUGUUAAUGACUUGUUAUUAGCAAUGAACGAUGAUUUGGCCUUAAAUAAAUAUGCUGAGCUUCUUGCAAUUUACUACGAUCGUUACUCCCUCCAAAAUGUGGCUACUUAUAUGAAUUAA